AUGGCGCGCACCGAAAUAACCGACACGGCCAUCGCGUCGGCGCUUGUUAGCAUGGUGCAACAGAUUUACAACUGCCCAGACAGAGACAAAUUGACCGUCAACUAUGCGCGCCAAGAAGUGGAAGAUAGCCUUGGACUGGAGGUUGGGUACUUGAAGGAAGGCGACUGGAAAGCGAAGAGCAAAGAGAUCAUUGUCAACACAUUGAAGGACCUUGAGGACGCCGAUAACGAACCUUCGCAAGCAUCACCGAGCCCUAAGAAACCAGUGAAGGCAGCGCUCGCGAAGAGCAACAAGGGAAACCAAAAACAGGGUAAAAAGACGGGACCCUCAUCCGAUGCCGAGCCCGAAGUUGGUGAUGGAAGUGAUGCGAGGGACGCGCCGGUACCAUCAGCGAAGAAGCGCAAGCUGACCGAAGGAACACAAAAAAUGACCAAGGUGGUGUCCGACGACGAGGACGAGGAGAAUAGCUCGGACGCCAGUGACGCCCGAAUCGACGAAGAAUCCCCGAAACCUGCACGGAAGCGCAAGUCGAAGCAGCGGACAGAGAGCGACAGCGAGAGCGAGUUGUCAGACGCCGCCAACGAAUCCGCUACAGGCGAACCCGUAUUGGAAAAGGAAAACACGUCCGAAUUAGCAGAAGACGAGAGCGAGCUCUCAGAUGUCAUCGACGAUCACCCCAAGCGGAAAGCAAAACCCAAAGCCAAGCCCAAGCCCUCUCCCAAACCCGAACCCACCGCCGCCGCCGACGAAGACUCCUCAAGCGACCUCUCCUCCUUAAUCGACGACCCCGCUCCGUCAAAACGCAAGCGCAAGUCCGCCGGCGGCAAAGACACCACCACCGCCCCCGCAAAACGCCCGGCCAAAGGCUCCGCCAGCGCGGCAGCCGCCGACUCACCUGACGAGGCGCAGAUCAAGCUCCUGCAGUCGCAGCUCACCAAAUGCGGCGUGCGCAAGGUCUGGGGCGCCGAGUUCAAAAAGCACGGCGCCGACGCCCCCAAGGCCAAGAUCAAGCACCUCCGGGGCAUGCUGGCCGACGUCGGCAUGCCGGGCCGCUUCUCGGAGGUCAAGGCGCGCGAGAUCAAGGAGAUGCGGGAGUUGCAGGCCGACUUGCUGGAUGUCAUGCAAGGAGAGAAGAGUUGGGGUGUCGGGGGCGAUGGCAGGGGGGCUCGGAGACGCGCGGCGGCGGGUGGUGGUGGUGGUGGUAAACAGAGGGCUAAGGUUGUGCGUGAAGAGAGUUCUGAGGGGAGUGACGGGGAAGGGGGUGGGGAAAGUGAGACGGAGAAGAGUGAGGAGGGUAGUGAGGAUGAGGUUGCAAACCAUGCAGUUCGUGGGAAGGGUCUAGCGAAGCGCAGGGCCGAUCUGGCGUUCUUGGAGGAUGAGAGCGAGUCGGAGUGA